AUGGCUGCGCCGCCGCCGCCGCACAACGCCCGCCGCGCGCGCCCUGCGCCGCCACUGCGCCUGCGCGGGGGGCGGGCGGGAGCGAGGUGGAGCAGCAGCACGGAGGAGGAGGUGAGCCUGGCAGGGCUGCCUGCAGCUUUGGACAGCACACUCAUGGUCCCCAGGAGUGGCCUCCAGCAUGCAGCUGGCACCUCCUACAGAUACAAACUGCAGUGCCUCUGGACCCAGGUGAGGCAGAUCGCCAGGGAGAGGGACAAGGCGAGGCUGAGUUUGGAGAAGGCAGAGAGACAGUGCCUGCAGCUGGGCAGGGAGCUGGAUGAGCAGUACAUCGCCCUUGAGCACACUCAGAGCAAGCUCAGGAAUUUUCAGGCAGAAAUAGAGGCAAAAGAGCUACUUUUGCAGCAAGCAGUGAGUCACCAGGCGAAGCUGGAGGCUGAUACACGGCUCCUCCAGGGCAAAGAGGCCAACCUGCAAGGGAGAUUGAACCAUGUGAUGAAUGAGAACACACAGCUACAAAACAAGGUCACAGAGAUGGCAGAGAAACUGUCAGCCUCUGAGGAACUGGUGUUGGAGCUGCAAAAAGAACUCAACCACAUUGUGAAGGAUAAGCUGGAGCAGGGGGAGCCUCACAGCCCAGAGUUCCUGAAGCAGAGCGAGCGUUUUGCUGAGAUUGUGCUGGAGUACGAGCGGCAGUGCCAGAGAGUCAAGGUGCUGUACGACCAGAAUGGAGCGCUGAGAAGGGAGCUGCAAAGGCUGCGCCUCCAGCUGCAGGAGGGCAGGGCUAAGGGAGGGCUGCCAGCAGCAGAAAUGUCACUCCCAGUGGAGCAGCUCCAAGAACAGCUGCAGGACCUGAAGGUGCAGCUGGAAACCGAGAUAAACUAUAAUGAGGAAGAAAUAGAGUAUAUGUGGAAAAACUUUGAGAGGGAGAGGAAGGACAGUGAGGAAAGCUCCAAGGCUGAGAUGUGCAAGAUGGAAGACCAGAACAGAGAUCUUGAAGAAACAGUUGCAAAUCCAGGGAAAAACAGGAGUGAAUUGGGUAGAGAGAAGGUGGAGGAGCUGGCUGAAAUAGCAGAGUUAACAGCAUUGAGUGAGAAAGGCAAGGAGGAGCUCUCUCACCCCAAUGUCAAGAGGCAUCAGCUGGGCUGUGAACCCCCUGAGCACAAGGCUGGUCACAGUGAUGGCCCUGGCACUGCCCAGCUGCAGAGCCAGAGGCUUCUGGAGGCUGAGUGGCUUGGAGGAGCAGAGAUUGCUGCAAGGCUGGAGCACCACCAGAGGCAUGCAGCAUGUUGGAUGGAGAUGGAGCUGCUCCAACAGCAGCUCCAGGCCUCACAGGAAAAGCUUUUGGAAGCCAAAGCAAGCCUGAGCCUGGCCCAGGCCCAGCACACUCUGCAGUUGCAGCAGGCCAAGGCCCAGAUAAACAACAUGGUGCCGAAGAAGCAGUUUGAGCAGCUGCAAAACACCUUGAGAGAGGAACAGUGCAAGACUCAGCAGCUCCAGGAAAGCCUCCAGCAGCAGGCUGAGCAAACAUGCAGGCAGCUGGUCAGGACCCAGGAGGAACACGAGCAGCUGCUGCAGGCAGCUGUGGAGCAGGCAGAGGGGCUGGAACAGAGUCUGAGGAAUGCUGAAGCUGUGCUGGCAGAGAGGGCAGCUCAGCUCAGAGAUGCCCAGGCCCAAAUCUCCAGGAACAAACUAUUGAUUGAAGAGCUCCGUGGAGAGAACAGGAGGUUUGCAAUGGCCCUGCAGGCUGCUGAGCUGAAGCAAAAGACCAUGGAGGAGAAGAACCAGCUGUUGGAGGAACAAGCCUCAGCUCUGAAGCAGCUUAUUGGAAAAAUCACACCAGCAUCUCUGAGUGGGUGAUGGGACAUGUGCAGUGGUCCUGGCUAGGGCUGGUCUGGUGCAGAAUGGGAGGUAUGGGUUGGGAAAUCAGCCUUGUCCUCUCUGGUCUUGCCAGGAUUUUCCUGUGCAGAAAAUAGCAAAUGGGGAGCCUAGAGUCCUUUUUGAAGAAAUUGGUCCUGUGGAUAGCUGAAUUUUCCAACUGAAAGCAGCAGCCUUGGUGCCUUUCUGUGGCAGUGUGCUGUUUUGUCAUGUC